AAUCUGUAAAAGCAGGAAAAAAAUGUUUUGAAGGUUACUAUGGUAACGGCAAACGAACUAUUUGAAUUCAUUUGAUAAAGCAAAAUCAUCAGAAAAGGAUGAUAGUAAAAUGAUGUGUUUACACGUUACAGAUGGAAACGGAUAUUUGAGCUAUACCGCCGUUUUGUUGUGAGCAAAUCGAGCGCUCUCGGUUGGCUAGAGAAUGGAAAUCAUGGAAAGGCACACUUGAGUGUUAUUUUGAAGCUCAUAAUAUUCAAGAACAGAAGAUUAUGAGAGCUAAAAUGCUGCAUCUUGGCGGCCCGCAAUUGCAACGGGUUUUGCCAAUUUACCAGACACGGAGAAGUUUCCUUUGGUAUCGAUUGAGAAGCAGUGGUAUGAUGUUGCGGUAGAAAGAUUGGAUGAUUAUUUUAAACCUGUUCGACAAGAUACUCUUGAAAGACAUCGUUUACGCGAAAUGAGGCAAAAGAAGGAUGAACGAUUUGCGCAGUUCGUGCUUCGUCUACGCCAACAGGUAGCUGAAUGCGGGUUUGAGAAGUAUUCAUCAGAUAUCGCGAAGGUUUUAACUGAAAUCACACUGAUAGACGUAAUCGCUCAAGGUUGUACGUCUAAUGAGUUGCGAAGCCGGAUUUUGAAGGAGGAUCAAACGCUUCCGCAGAUAGAAGCUUUGGGAGCUAUGAUCGAAAGUGUAGAAGAACAAGUGAGAGGCCUCUCCAGUUUUUCAACAUCCGAAGAGAAGAUUUACCGUAUUGAAGAACGCAAGGCUGAUGGAUCAAAUGUGCAGACUUCCGGCGGCAAGAUAAACCACAUUGUGAGAAGUUCAACGGGUAAUCAUAAUCCAAAUGUGCGAGAUCGUGUGGCAUGUUUCAGCUGUGGAAGACACGGUCAUUUUUCCAACUCACCUCACUGUCCAGCACGAAAUCAAGAAUGUAGAAACUGCAAAAUGCGUGGCCAUUUCGAAACGGUUUGUCGAAAAGGAAAGAAACGAGGUGCAUUCAAUCAAAGCGGACAGAAGGAGUCAAAGAAAAUACGGCUAGUGGAAUCCACUGAGACGAAUUCGGAAAUGCAGGCAGAAAAUGUGGAAGCGGAAAAAACAUACUACGCGUUUUACUAG